GAUGGUCAGAGACACAUGCGGGAGGCUGGCAGGUGUCCGGCCCUCAGGAGAUCCAGUUCUGGUGGCCGCCUCCCUCGUCAUCAAAGAAAACGGCUUCCUGCAUUUGCAGCCCAGGCGGCUAUUGUCCUUGUUGUUGGAAAAUCCCCCUCGGGCUGGAGAAUUGAAGUUGUUCACUGCCACCUGUUGCUGAUGUGGGGUUGGGUGACGGAAAAAGAUGGCAAAGCCUUUCAUCCGACAUAUGAAGAAAAACUCAGACUUGUGGCCCUGCACAAACAAGUUCUGUUGGGACCUUACAAUCCUGAUGCUUGCCCUGAAGUUGGGUUCUUUGAUGUGCUGGGAAAUGAUAGAAGGAAAGAAUGGGUUGCCCUUGGAAAUAUGUCAAAACAAGAAGCCAUGGCAGAGUUUGUGAAGCUCUUAAAUAGAUGUUGUCAUCUGUUUUCAACAUACGUCACCUCCCAUAAGAUCGAGAAAGACGAGCAAGAAAGAAAAAGGAGAGAAGAGGAGGAACGAAGGCGCCGUGAAGAGGAAGAGCGAGAGCGCUUACAAAAGGAAGAAGAGAGACGCAGGAAAGAGGAGGAAGAAAGGUUGAGACAGGAAGAAGAGGAGCGGAGGCGGAUAGAGGAAGAGAGGCUCCGGAUGGAACAGCAGAAGCAACAGAUAAUGGCAGCGCUGAACUCCCAAACCGCUGUUCAGUUCCAGCAGUACGCAGCCCAGCAGUAUCCGGGCAACUACGAACAGCAGCAGAUCCUAAUUCGUCAGCUCCAAGAACAACACUAUCAACAGUACAUGCAGCAACUGUAUCAAGUCCAGCUUGCACAGCAGCAGGCAGCCUUGCAGAAACAGCAGGAGGCAGCAGUAGCUGCAGCAGCAACAGGGGCUUCUAUCAGUACCAUGUCAAAGGUGAAUGCAGCUGCCCCUGGGGAAGUCCCAUCUGUUAAUGGACAAGCCAAUGCACAUACGGACAGCCCUGAAAAAGAGCUCGAUGCAGAUGGUUUGGAAGAAGCACUGGAGAAUGGACCAAAAGAAUCUGUUCCAGUGAUAGCAGCUCCAUCCAUGUGGACGCGGCCCCAAAUAAAAGACUUCAAGGAGAAGAUCCGACAGGAUGCAGACUCUGUGAUCACUGUCGGGCGAGGAGAAGUGGUUACCGUUAGAGUCCCCACUCAUGAAGAGGGAUCAUAUCUCUUCUGGGAAUUUGCUACAGACAAUUAUGACAUUGGUUUUGGGGUAUAUUUUGAAUGGACAGACUCCCCUAACACUGCAGUCAGCGUGCAUGUCAGUGAAUCCAGUGACGAUGAGGAUGAAGAUGAAGAAAAUGCUAGCAAUGAAGAAAAAGCCAAAAAGAACGCCAACAAGCCUCAACUAGAUGAAAUUGUGCCUGUGUACAGACGAGACUGUCAUGAAGAAGUCUAUGCUGGCAGCCACCAGUACCCAGGGAGAGGAGUCUAUCUCCUUAAAUUUGACAACUCCUAUUCAUUAUGGAGGUCAAAAACAGUUUACUACAGAGUCUAUUACACUAGAUAAAGAUGUUGCAGUGUCAGAGGCUGGGGCUGUGCAGAAGAUGUCAUUUUAUUUGGAAUUUUCUUCAGUCGGAUCUUUUGAGUCUGUUUUUACCCCAACUGUAUCUAUACGGUUUAUGUGAACUUUAAACAUUAGAAGCUGGGAUCUUCCUGUUGCAUGACACUAAUGCAUAUUGCAUUAGGGCUUAACAUAGGAUGACCCAGCCCUUUCUGGCAUCGAGGGGUUAAUCAUUGAAAAUGUUGGUUCCAGUGCUCAGAUAGGCCCCACACACUGCAUUGGUAAAACCUCUCAACUGUUACAUACACGUGCAUUUGGGUGGUGGCUGGUAUGGUGGUACCUAGUCUGUUUGCUUUGGAUAACUUAAUUCUUUUUGAGGGUCCCAUCAUUUAAUAGGCAGGAUCAAAAAAAAAAAAAAAAGCAAGUUGCAUUGUAGCAAGUCUCAAAACUGUAUUUGAAUGUCAGAAUUUUACACCAUUAAACUUGAAACCUUAGUGGAUGCAGUUUAGAAACAGUUGUCUUGCUUCUGUCUUCAUGCAAGAGGUAACUUAUGGUCAAUCGCUUAAAAGAAUGUAGUGAAUAAAGUAAAAAUGAACAGCAGUUGUCUCCAGUGGGGCUGCAUAGCCCAAAUCAAUAAGAUGGUGAAGUCAUGUUUUUCUGGGAAGCCUCUUGCCUGUCUUCUGAUCUUGAAGACUUAAUCCGGACAGUGGUCAGCAAUGAGAUGUGUAACUCUCUAGGGACAAAUAGAAAUUUUCUUCCUUCUCUACCCAUGGUUAAAUCUGGGUCUCACUUCUCGAUUGGAUUCUGGUUUGGAACCAACCUAGUUCCUGCCUCGUUUUCUGUUGUGGUUCUGUUAAGCAGACUUCACAUUGAAACCAGUUUUCUGCACAACUUAUAAGUCCUGCUUUGUGGGGGGAGGGGUUUGAUUUUUUUUUUUUUUUUUAAACCUAAAUUGCAUUAGCAAACUGUAUGGAUUAAUGUUGCACUAAUUACGGAAAUCACUGCCAGGAACAACCUGCUUUCAUUUUAAUCUGGUAGUAUUUGUGUGCAAACUCUCUGCUUCAAUUCUCAUAUGUAAUUAUGUUUUGCAGGGGAAUGCACCUGCAGAUAGUAAAUAUGGUAGCUUUAAUCUGCAUAACGUUUUAGGUACCACUGAAGGUUCUUCAUAGAUUUUGCUUAGAAAAAUGCAGAUGGCUAUCUGGUGUGUAUUUGCAGUAACAAUCCAUUUUUUGUAUGGAGCCCUGUUUCCAAAGGGUGAGGUAGAGUAGAGAUAGUGCAACACUGACUUGUGUAAGUGCAUUCUGUAGGUGUAAUGCACUCUGUUACUGAAUAUUGUUUUGAUUAAUUUUGGAUCUUUUGAAUCACUUCUAGCAGUAGGAUUUCCAUCAAUUAGCUGCAGCUUGUACAGUUUCAUAGCCAUGGGAAUGUUGGCAUUUGGUGGGGGAGUUUUUGUACAUACCCAUUCCUUUUACUUUCUCAUACCAACUAUGGAGAAACUUAUCCUAAAGUACUCUGUCUUGCAUUUGGUUCAGCAACACCAUACCAGCUAAUAGCUAGUUAGUGCUGCUCUAUCCAAAAGACCUGUAAAAUGUUCUGCUCAUGUACAUACAGUAUAUAAACCAUGGAGUUAGAAAGUACCUUGCUUUUAAGAAAAACUGUAUUUAAAAUGUAAACAAGACUUUUAAAAGGCAGGCACUAAUAUAUUUCUUCCAGUCCUCGAUUUAGAUUAUUUUGUCCAUACAAAAAAAAAUGUUAAGAUGACUUUUGUCUAAAAAUAAUUGUUCUUGGGAGCGGUGUUUGUCGCUUUAAAUGGCAGCAAUUACUGUCGCGUGUUGGAUGUUAGAACUUUUCAGUUUCCAAACUUUUUUUAUUGCCUCUGGCUGUUGAUUAGUACAGUACAAGUGCGAUUUCAAAAUACCUUGGAAUAAUAUAUUUAAUCUUAAUUAAAAUACAUUUAUCUG